UUUUUUCGUUUUUGCAAAUUGUUCAAAUUGGGGGAAUGAUGGGACACAAUAUAUAUAGGAAGUGUGUUUGCAUCCUAGACGGCGAACUAGGUGAAUGGCGCAUUCGCACACUAAGAAGCGAACAAUUUUUUUUCUCAAAUCAUGUGGUUGUUUGAUGUGGGGGCGUGAAGGGUGCAGAUAUUGGGAUUGUGUAAAACAAUUGUCACUCAUUACUUAGUGUGUGAAUGCAUUUCGUUUUCUAAAUAACGAAGGGAUAUUUUGGUCAUUACAAGAGAUACAUGAGAAUUGUUGAGUCACGAAAAGAUUUGUUUAUUUUUACCGGUAAAAUUACUAGGCAUGACAAUAAAGCACGGUGCAUGCAUUCUCUAUGACUCAUGCUAUAGCAACACUUAAAUAGAAGAAAACCAACAUCACAGAUAUGAUAUGAUGCUGCAACGAGAAUCAAUUCUCUCAAAAUUGAAAAGCUAGGAAUUCAAAAUUGAGCACUGAAUCCUUGUUUCUGUUUCUGCAUAGGUUCUUCCAAUUGUUGCAGAUUCUCUCAAAUCUGGGACCGUCUUCUGAUCGAGUGACCCUAUUAUCGUGUAGGUGUUGGAACUUCAAUCUCCAAUUCAAGGGCAAAAGAGAGAAAUUGAUUAUUGCAUAACUGCGGCAAGGAGAAUUGAUCAUAGGUCUACUGUGCUGUGGUAAAGUGGAGUAACCACCUCCGCCUCCAACAACAAUGCGGUGGCCGAUUCUCCUUUCAUCUUCAACAACUCGCUUCCUUCGAUUUACCUUUCUACCCUUCCAAACCCAUUCAUCUUCUCACAACAAUUUCUCCACACUAAACCCUAAUCCCAUUGUCAACCCCACCAUCGUUCGCGAAACCCUCACUUCCUUCAACAAUGACUGGAAACGCGCAAUCGAAUUCUUCAAUUGGGUAGAAACUGAAUUCAAAUUUCAACACUCCACUGAAACAUAUAACCUAAUUCUCGACAUUCUCGGAAAAUUCUUCGAAUUUCAACAAUGUUGGAAUUUGAUUCAUCGUAUGCGCAACAAUCCUUAUUCUUUCCCCAAUCACACAACCUUCCGUGUCAUGUUCAAACGCUAUGUCUCCGCUCAUUGCAUUGACGACGCCGUUGUCACAUUCCAACGUCUUAAUGAGUUCAAUUUGAAGGAUGAAACUUCCUUUAUAAACCUCAUUGAUGCUCUGUGUGAGUAUAAACAUGUCAUUGAAGCUCAAGAUUUGGUUUUUGGAACAAAAAAGACUUCGAAUUUGUCUUGGAAUGUUUAUGGGUUUGAUGUGAUUGGUGGGGUUGUGAGUAGUAAUAAUACUAAGAUAUACAACAUUCUUCUUCGUGGUUGGUAUAAAUUGGGAUGGUGGAGGAAGUGUUGGGAGUUUUGGGAUGAAAUGGAUAUAAAAGGGGUUCAAAAGGAUUUACAUUCUUAUUCAAUUUAUAUGGAUAUUUUGUCUAAAGGUGGAAAGCCUUGGAAAGCUGUGAAAUUGUUUAAGGAGAUGAAGAGAAAAGGUAUUAAGUCAGAUGUUGUUGUUUAUAACAUUGUGAUUAGAGCUAUUGGUGUUUCUCAAGGUGUUGAUUUUUCGAUUAGGUUAUUUCGGGAAAUGAAGGAUUUGGGUUUAAAUCCCACUGUUGUUACUUAUAAUACAAUCAUUAGGCUUUUGUGUAGUAGUUAUAGAUAUAAGGAAGCUCGUACGUUGCUUCGUACCAUGCGUCAUAAUGGUUGUUCACCUAAUGCUGUUUCUUAUCAAUGUUUUUUUGCUUCUGUUGAGAAACCUAAACUCAUAAUUGACUUGUUUGAUGGUAUGAUUGAAAGUGGGGUUCGUCCUACUACGGACACGUGUGUUAUGCUCCUCAAGAAGUUUGCGAGGUGGGGGUUUCUUCGAUUGGUUUUUCUAGUUUGGAAUAAAAUGGAAAAACUUGGAUGUAGUCCGGAUGAGUCUGCUUAUAAUGCUUUGAUUGAUGCUCUUGUGGAGAAAGGGAUGAUAGAUAUGGCUAGGAAGUAUGAUGAAGAGAUGUUGGCCAAAGGACUCUCACCUAAGCCAAGGAAAGAGUUGGGGACAAUGCUUUUGGGAGGAGAAUCUGAUGAGGAAUAGUUCUAUGCAAGCACAGUGAAAAGAUAUUCAAGUUCAGUGGCUUUUAGUCUUAUACAUAUUCACUGUGAUGUAUUCACUGUGAAAAAGAAAAAAGAGCUUCUAGUCCCGGGUCCCGAACCGGGUCGAGCUUUCCAUUGUCCGGGUCGAAAACCCUACCUGCAAACCCGAAAUUUCUGGUUUCAAUCUGGAUCGCAGAACGCGACGCUACUACUGAUUCCACGCGUUUCAACUCCAAUUCCACCCACGUCCACCAAAAAACGAUUCCGGCCAUAUUCCGGCACGGAGGAGCCCUGCAGGAUCGAAAAAUCGUACGAUUCCACGAUCUGGAUCGCGAUCUUGACUACCUUGGUCACAGGAGCUUCUUAGAAUGUGGUGACGUGUUGAGAGAGGAUAGAGCUUUGUAACUGUUUUUCCUUCGUAUAAGGAGUGGGAGUGAGGGUAGAGAACGUUACCUUGGAUUAUUCUGAUUAUUCAGUAUGUGGAGGCAGCUUUGAGCUGACCUUAGGAGCUAGGCUCUUGUCAGAUCUAUGGUUAGCUAAUUCCUCUUAAUCUGUAAUUUUCUCCAUUGUUAUAAUCAAUAAAAAGCUCUAUUUCGUUUUCCUUUACUGUUA